AUUGCUAACCCAUCUCUACCUGCCCACUCUAAAAUUCAACCCCAACAACACAACAUAUAUUUUAUAAACAGUUAUAUGAACAGCUUUAUACAGAAAUAUCUCGGAAGUUACGGUUAUCGCGCGCUUCUAGAUAUACAUCUAAGCUGUUCUUAUUAAUGCGCUGAUAUUUCGAAAUAUAUUCCAAAAAGUUCCUCCAUAUAACGAAAACCCAAUAUCAACGCAGCGCGACGGUCCCUUCCAAUCCAGGCCAGCCUGACAAGGUAGGUUUGGAAAUAAUACGCUUUAGCAAGCCGGCAUGAUGAACGGUCGUCAUCUGCCGGCAGGGCAAGGCAUGCAGCAAGAUAUGGGAAGGAGAAGACCUUAUAGUCAUCAAGCUCAGCCAUAUCCGCCGGCGGCACCUUUGUACAAUGGAUACAUGCACCCGUACAACGCGAACUAUUAUCCGCAACCAUUUCCUCCACAAUAUCAUAAUCCAGCUUUGACCCAACAGUACAAUCCUUAUCAGCAUUAUGGUCGUUCGCCUCCUCCAAUGAUGCCGCAUUACGCUCAUCCUCCUCCACCUCCACUUCAACCCCAAGCACCACCUUUUACUCGACCCCAACCAUCUCCUGCUAUUGCUGCAUCCCACCCACCAGUGAUCGCGUCGUCUUAUCAACCAGCCCUUGCGCCGGCACCCCCUCAGACUCCUUCAACCUACUCAACGCAGUCAUCCAAUGCUCUUCCUGGACCUUUGACACCUCCUACUCCACAAGCAUUACCUCAGUCUCCACCUCCAGCUCCUAACCACUAUAUACCUUUCCAGCCACCAGUAUGCUACACGUCGAGAAAUACAUUUCUAAUUGCUGACAUUAACUAGUUGCCUUGGGUUACUCCUAAUACUACUGCACCCUGGCCAGCCAGACGGCGUCGGAAAAGAAAGCAGUGUCCUGAAAUAUCUACGAAUCCUGUCGAGCUUCCAAGCUUAGACAAAGAUGUUGUUUCUGAGCCGGAGAAGGAUUUAGAAGCGUUGGAAACACAUAUAGAACGAACACCGGCGCUUGAAGAAGCUUCAGGGCUCGCACCCGAAACACCUACUACUACUCAAGGUCCAUCCGAAGACAAUGAGUCUACAAUAUCAUCUACACCAUCCUCUACACAACCUUCGUCUCUCCCUACUGGUGGGCAGGCGACUCCUGUAGCUACAAAAUCCCAGCGAGCUGCCGUACCUGCUGUCCCCGUCGUACGUGUCAUUCCAAAGUCUCAGCCCAAAAAUACGCCAUCGACGACCCCUCAAAAGUCCGGCGGAGAACUUCCUGCCGAGGUGACCCCGAGUACAUCCGAACCCACAAAUGCGGAUGAAGCGAAAGAGCCUGCUAAUGAAGAGGUGAAGGCAACACCUCCUCCUAAAGCAUGGGCUACUCCAAGAGCUUGGACUGGUCUCUUUGGUUCGUCCGGUGCACCUACAGCACCUACCACUGCCAAUGGUGGGCAAAAUGGAUCACCCGCAUUUGGCAAGAAGAAUACAGAAUCAUUAGCUGAAGCAUUGCGCUCGUUCAAUGCUGAAGCUAAAGACUCUAAAAUAUCAUUUCUUGCGCCUCGAGGUUUAGUUAACACUGGCAAUAUGUGCUACAUGAACUCAGUUUUACAAGUUCUCGUUUUCUGCAGCCCUUUCUAUGACUUUCUUGAUCAAGUUAGCAAGAAAGCAGCGCAUAGCUUCAAGAGUGAAACUCCUUUGAUUGAUGCCAUGUGAGUUCUCUUUGUGUAUACUCGUAUGGAUGUUACUAAUACCGCUCAAGGAUUAUGUUUAUGCGAGAGUUUCCAGUAAUUGAUUCUGCAAAAUCUGUUGAGCAACUCAAAAUGAGACUAAAGGAAGGAGAACUUGAGCAAUAUGGAGAUUCUUUCACGCCGGACUUUGUAUACGAUGUCAUGCGACGCUUACCAAGAUUCGUGACGAUGCAGGUUAGUUCAUUUAAAGAUCAUCCUAGUUUUCAUUCACUUAUAUGUAUCAUAGAGAGGACAUCAACAAGACGCGGAGGAAUUUCUAGGCUUCUUACUUGAAGGGCUUCAUGAUGAAUGUGUACAUGUCAUGAAGUCAAGUGACUCGAGCAAAACUUCUGCUGUCACAACACCCAUGAAUGCACCUUCAUCCCCGACAAGCGACUCUGCCAGCCGACGCGGAUCUAUUGAUGAUGUCUGGCAGCAGGUUGGACCUAAACAAAAGGCUGCGAUCACAAGGUCUUCCGGGACCAUCCUUACUGGCUCCCCAGUCACUAAGAUCUUUGGUGGCAGCUUAAGAUCUGAAUUGCGUGUGCCAGGCUUGAAAGAUUCCAUCACUCUUGAGCCGUAUCAACCAUUACAACUUGAUAUUGGUUCACCAAACAUUCACAAUAUCAUUGAUGCAUUGAAAGGCUUAACACAUUCUGAGGUUCUUCAUGGCGAUUUCAAGUCUCCGAAGGGUCCCAAUGUGACCGCGACAAAGCAGGUAUUCAUCGAGACAGUACCUCCUGUUCUCAUCUUACACUUGAAGCGUUUCCAAUAUGACAACACUGGCGGAACGCAGAAGAUUUGGAAGAAGGUUGGAUAUCCUUUGGAACUCGAAUUACCAAAGGAAGUAUUUCCCAGAACUAAACGAGGUGUCUUGGCUCAUGAUGGUUAUCCGAAGUAUCGUCUCAUUGGCGUCGUGUAUCAUCAUGGUAAGAAUGCCAGCGGUGGUCACUAUACUGUGGAUGUUAGAAGACAAGAUGGGAAAGAGUGGAUCAGACUUGACGACACUGUCAUUAAACGUGUAAGGAGCGAAGAUGUCGCUGAAGGAGGUAGUGAGGAAGACCCUAAAGUGUUCGCUGCUGCUUUGGAGGCACAUAAAAAGGAUAGUUCGUCUUCCGGAAACAUCUUCUCCUCUAUUGGAGAUGAAAACGGAGACGCCGAAGAGGAUGGAUGGAAACAGGCCAGUGGAUCUGGAAAGAAAUGGUCUAGUGUGGUUAAUGGCGCUUCUACGCCAAAGCCCAAACCAGCCAAUGGACUUGGGGCUGGUAAGUUCUCAGUCAUGGAUAAUAAGGUCGCAUAUCUUUUGUUUUAUCAGAAAAUAUGAGGACUUCGUUUAUGUAAUGAUGGGGCUGGCAGGCAGGAUAGACGUGAAAAUGAAUGAUACAGCAAUGGUGGUUGAAGAACACAGGGCGGGACGUUGAAUGGGAUGACCAGGCGGGAAUAUUAUCAAGGUGAUGGAUGCUAUGAGGAGAUGAGAUGAAUUGACGAGAAAAAGAGAUGAUUGGUGCUGAAGGUGCGAUACCCUUUCGAAAGUCAGAUAUCCUCAUGUCCCUAUUCAGCAACAGGAUUCGGAUGGGUUGGUUGACCUAGUCUUAUACUACCUACAGCGUUACCAUGAGAUGCAUUGCGACUUUCUUGUACAGCACUUCUUCGGAUAACGUCCGAUUUUGGCAUCACGUCUAUGGCAUGAGCGGCGGGCGCAUGUUGGGAUGGAAUGGGCGCGCAAAAGAGUAUAUGUUGCAAGGAAGUUUGAUGUUUUAACAGUGGUUACUCACAGCCUGCUACGCACAUCAUCAAUCAAAAAUUGGCGAUGAAUAAAAAGUCACAUCAUUCGAAAAUGUACUGUGUUAAGAGUCAAUGACGUUGCAUGAGGUGAAUGCAACAAUGGUUGUUCUUAGCCACUUAUAACGAUCAGAAGAUCAGCGAUGAAUAAAAAAUUAUACAGUGCCCAAGAGAUGGUAUACAAUUUCAAAAAUUUCCCUAUGUGUUGUAGUCGAUGAGUUGGUUGAGGUUGAUGGCCCCGCAAGUAUUCGUUGUCACGAUCCUGACAACACCUAAUUGAUACUACAUAGCCCAUACUAGGUGCUG